AUGCAUAUUUAUGAUGAAUUUAAAUCAACAUUUAUUAUUAUCUUUUUUCUUAGUUAUAUAUUUUUGGUUAGUGGAUUAAUUAUUAAUUUUCUUCAAUUAUGUUCCUGUAUCAUAUGGCCAUUUAAUAAGGAACUUUUUCGAAAAAUCAAUUGCUAUUUAGCAUUAGGCAUUUGGAGUCAACUUACUUUUUUGGGUCAAUGGUGGUCAAAUAGUGACCUUGUUUUGUAUAUAAAUCCAGAUGAUCUUAACAAAAUUGCUAAAGAAAAUAUGCUUGCCAUAAUGAAUCAUAAAUAUGACAUUGAUUGGCUUGCUGCAUGGAUAGCUUGUCAACGUUUGAAUAUUUUAAAGGGUUCAAAAAUAGUUGCUAAACAACCUCUUAAAUUUGUACCAAUACUUGGUUGGUGUUGGGUUUGUACUGAAACAAUAUUUGUACGACGUGUAUGGGAAAGUGAUCGUGAAACACUUGUAAAAGAUCUACAAAAAACACUUGCUAAUUAUCCACAAAAUUAUUUUUUUAAUCUUAUGCUUUCAUGUGAAGGUACUCGAUUUACUGAAAAAAAACGAUUGAUCAGUAUGAAAGUUGCACGAGAAAAAGGCUUACCUGAACUUAAACAUCAUAUUCUACCACGUACAAAAGGUUUUACAUUAUUAAUACAAGGAGCAGAAAAUCGAAAAUUAUAA